AUGAACGGUCAGAAUGGCUGGUAUGUUGACCAGCAGCCACAGUACCCACAGAACUUGGCACAGCAACAGCCUCAACAGCAUCAGCAAUCAUCUCAGGGUCAUUCGCAACAACGGCCAAGGCCCGAACAGCAGCAGGCGUAUCUGCACAAUGCAUCGACUUCCUACCACGGCGGACCUGCCUCGGGUGUUGCCCGACCUUCCUAUCCGGCAAUGUCCCACGCAGACCAGUCACUCGAAUUUCGGUACACAACAGGCUUCGACCAAGGCAUCGGGUCAUCGCCAUCCUCUGCCGCUUUUCCUCAAUCCGUACACGGGCCCUACACUCCCUCACACCCAGUACAGCCAUCCCCUUCCGCGCAGUACAGUCGCUCCUUUCCGUUAGUAGGCAGCGCUGACCCAAGUGCAGGCAACGGCUUUGUUCCGCAACACAGCGCUGGUCAACGAACACACGACCUCCAGUACCAGCAGCAGGAGUAUAAAGGAGAGCAAACGCAGCGUUCAUCGUUGGAUUUUGCAAAUGUGGCUUCGCCAGUCCAGCGUCGCUUCCAGCCGCCAACAGGACCAAUGCAACAAGCAUUCGCACAGCAUUCGUUCGCGUCUCCCUCGACCCACUCUACGCCGCGACAUGAGCAGCUACAGCCGCCUCGCGCUGACCCAAGCCAAUUUGCGUACGAGUCGCCCUACGCGCCUUCCACUGGCACCAGAGAACGACUUGCCAUGUCGCAGUCGCCUAUGUCGGAUGCAUUCCAAAGCGGCGGACAGCGGGGUGGAAGGACUUUCAAUCUGAUGGCAGAUUUCGGGACGCCCACUCCGAACCCACCGAUGCGUCGCGCUUCUGCCCAAACUCACUUCGAAGAGGCAUUCGAUCCACUCUCUGCAAAAGCUGCUGCGCACACCACUCAAGCGGCCGAACUCUCGUUUUCACACAAAUGGCACUCUCCUCCCCACAACACCGCACAACAAUUGGACACUUGGCCGGCUGCCCAUAGGGAUGUGCAGAGCGCCGCUCCGAUUCCUAGCCUUUCUUCUUGGAACCAAAACCAUAGCAAACCUUACUUGGACAUGCAGCCAAGCCAGGGACCAUCGCAUCGCAACCCCCCGUUUGACAGCUCAUUGCACUUUCAAGCCAACGCUCAACGCACCAAUCCUCCCCACCCAUCGACAGCUUCGCAAGCAAACCCUCAACGUGCUCCUUCUUCUACCGGCAGCAGCCUUGACGCUGCUUGGGGUGUUCGACCCGCACAGUCUUCAUCCACAAAUCGAGCUUCGCUGGGACAGAGCAACGGCAUGCCGCACUUGAUCCGGCCAGGCUCUCCCAGUCUAUCCGUGGCGAGGAACUCUCUGAACACUUCACGGCAGCACGUUGCGCCGCCUCUGCAAUCGCUGCAGUCGUCUUCCUCUACACUUGAAAGUGCCAUGUCGGCCAGCCCGAAUGUCGCUCCACGCCAGUUCACCCUUGCAUCAGCUCUUCCGACGGCGUACCCGAUGGAGCAGUCAAAGUCCAAACCUGUCAAGCGCAAGUCGAAAGGCGCCGUGACCGCCGAGACAGCCACACUCGCGCCAGUUGCCCCUUCUCGACCUGUCACAUCGUCAGCGAGCUUUUCCAUCGGCAACGGGCCGCUGCCUCAAUUCGCCUCGCCGAGUCAGCUUUUCGCCAGACCUCCAGCUCCAGCAGCAUCUGCGACCAUGCCGCCGCCUUCUCCGGCCUUCUCGUUUGAUCCGCUGGCCCUGCCUCCAUCCGAAGAGCCACAGACACCGCCACCGCCCAUACGUCAGAUGCUCUCUGUCCAAGAGAGUCCCGAUCCGCUCAAUUUGCUCAGUCCCAACGCCCACUUUUCACUCUGGCAGCCUCCUAGCAGCUCACCGUUAGCGCCGCAGCCAUUUGCGACCAACGGGGGUGCUCACCGUCACUUCCCUCUGCAGCCCCACGAUCCCAGCAUGGCCGGACCCCAGCCUGUACAUGCGGCUUCAUCGAGCAAACGUAAGGACCCGACCUCUGCCGACAAGCUUAGGCGCAAGCGCAGCAAGAAGCUCAAAGAGGACCCUUCUCAGAGCCCUGUCUUUGAUCUGCAGAUCAACGACCUGCGGGCGACCUCGUCGCAGAGCGAGCUGCCUGCCAUGAUAUCAAAGCCGUCCAAACCGAAGAAGAGCAUCAAAAAGGAGGACACUUUCAGGAACGAACAGCGCGAUGGCUCAGCCAUGCCGUUUUCCCUGGUCGAGGUUCCCGCUUUCAUGCCCUGUAACUAUGAUGCGCAGGGCAGUAACCACCCGCAUUCCCCUGCGCCAUUCGAUCCGCCUUCACUGCAGACCGAACCGCCACCCAAGAAGAAGAAGAAAAGGCGACAGCGUAAAUCCCUCUCCGAACUCGUCAAUCAGAUUGUGGAGGAUAGCGACUCGGGAAUGGAUGCAGAGGGCAGCGAUUGGGAGGGCCUCGAAAUUCUCGAGUCCUACGAGCCAGAAACCGUCUCCGAGGGCCCAAAGAGUCUCGCCAAAAUGAGCACCGGCCCUGUCAAGAGCUCGCAACGCAAGGUGCCCAUCGCCAAGCUGUGCGGCCUUAUCGAAGAUCUCUUCGAGGCGGAUGACUCCUUGCCGGAUCGCGAUUCGCUUCAAGAAUUGCUUCCCGGCCAGAGUCUCUCCAUUGCCGCCGACCCCUUCUUCGAAAUAAUUGAAUCGCCUUCUGCCACGGGCGGGGAUUCUCGCUCCGUGUUGGUCCUGCGCGCAGCUGCGCUCCAGAAGUUGCUCAAACUCAUCGUCAAGUGCUCCCGCCCGCAUACCGAGAUCGCCACCAUCUCGGGCAAAGCCAAGCCAGCAACAAACCCAAGCCUCGCCACGAUUCCUGCUGGGGACGUGAUGCGGUUGCUUACCAUUCUGGAGCGCACCGCGCGUGCAGGCGAGAACAUCGACCCGUUCCCGUCCCAAGCCAGUCGCACCAUGGCCUCGGAGCUGGCUUCCCCGACCAAGCCGAAGAAAGGCCGUAAAGCGGAGCACCGCAGCAACUCCACUUCCAAAACUCCAGAGCCUGCACAGACGCCUGACCGCCAAGAGGCGGACACACCGAGAGACCGGGACGACGCAGAAAACGAGGAAGAGCCAGCGUCUGCCAACGAAGAGCUCGAAAAGCUGAAUGCGACCUUUGUCGUCAUGGAUCGUGCCGUCUUGGCUACCGAAUGCAGCCUUGGAAUGCUCACCGGCGACGUGCUACCGAAACAGGUCCUGUCCGAAGACCACAUCCGUUCCUCAUUCGACGCGGUCAAGGUCUGCCUGGACAAGGUUCUGCUCCCCUUCAUCGAGGCCUGCUCGGGAAGCUCUGCCACUGCGACCCACCCAGCCCUCGUCUCGCUUAUUGACGUCUUGGCACCUCAAAAGGGACACAAGAAAAAAGCAGCAGCAGCAGCAGCAGCAGCAGCAGCCGCCGCCGCAGCAGUCAACGCAGACGAAUCUACCUCCAGUACUGCCAUUAUCUGCCGCAACACCCUCUCCGACCUCUUCGCACAUCUCUGCUCGGCACUCUUCUUUGUGCAGCGUAUGGUGCGCAUGCCGUCCAUCGCUCUGUCAGAUUCCAUCAUUAUCAGCGCUGUGUACAUUGCGCUCGGUCCCUUCUUCGUGCUCGAGCCAGAGGCGGCCAGUGGAGGCGCGUCGAGCGAGACUGCCAAAGCUUCAGCCCGUGGUCGAUCGGCGUUGCAGUCGCUGGGCGGCGCCAACUCGAUGAAGACGCUGCGACUGCCAGCUCUCAAUCUGCUGCGUAGCAUCUUCGCCAAGGCGCCCGACCAACGGCAGUGGAUGAUCGAAGAAAUUCUCACUUCGCUGUCCAAGCUCACCGAUAUGAAAAGGAACCGGCGACAAUACAGUCUGCGCAACGGCAAGGGCAUCCAUUCGAUCAAUGCGCUGCUGCUGCAGCUCAUCCAGGCAGCCUCGCACGGCGUCGCCAGCUACGCACGGUCCACAUCAGAACGUCUCUCGCGGGGCAGAGAGGGUGAGAAUGGCGAAGAGGACCAACACGGGGUUGGUAUGUCCAACAGCGACGUCGACCCAGAGCGAACGCAGGCGCUCGAAGUCGUCACCGAAGCGUUCAACGCCACGAGCGAGCCCGACGCGAACGACGCCAGAGAGGCCGAAAUUGCAAUCUGGAGACGCGGACUGGAAGGCGCCAAUGCAUCUGCCAGAUCCAUCGCGGGCUAUCUCAUGCAACGCAUCGGUCAAACCAAGGUGGCCAAGUCGUCGCAAGAGAUGAGCCACGCCUAUGUGAUCGAGUCGCUGAUCCAGGACCUCCUGAGUGCCCUCUUUCUGCCGGAAUGGCCGGCCGCAGCCCUGAUGUUGAGCGCUUUCUGUCGAGUCUUUGGCAAUUACCUCGAAGACGCAAAGAGUCACCCGGAGGCCAAGGGGGUAGCUCUCGAGCAGCUCAGCCUAGUCGCGGCGAGGCUGCGGCAGAGCCAGUUGCAGCUGCAGCCUGCUCGCGUUGACGUCGCAUCGAGCUCGACCGAGCGGCUUCAAGGCGAUGCUCAGGGGACUGAAGGCGUUGGCGAACGCGCUGUCGCCCAACUUUCAGGAUCGACCGGCCCGUCCACGACCAGCCCGUCGAAGCGACCAGAGUGGACAACCUGGGAUUAUCUUUCCAUGCUCAGGGCCUUGCGCGAGGACGAUCGACGCGCUGUUCAGGAAUUUGUGAAUGUCUACACAUUCAUCUCUCGUUUCCUCGCCAAGACGGGCAACGAGGACAUCUCCACCGAGGGCGCCCUCGAGUUCCUUCUCGUCCAGGCCGAAGGCGAAUUGGCGACCGCAUGGGCCAAAGCGGAGGAGGAUCAAGCUGGUCUGCGCAAUUCAGAAAGUGACUGCUCAGUGCAGAUCGCGAAGCUGCAGCACUUCCGCGAAGAGCUCGAUGCGGCGAUGCUGACGCUUUCCGAGCUCGACGCUUCUGCCACCGACGCCUCGUUUGACGAUCUGAACCCCGACGCACAGAUGCUCGAACAAGCCGUCGACCGCUCGGAACGUGCACUCAUUGCCAGCAGCUCCAUGAUUUCGUAUGCGGUCUUGCGAGACCUGCUCGUGGAAGGUCUCAACAACCCGCUCAUCGCCAACCGCAGCAAGGCGCUACGUGGAAUCGAUCGCAUCGCGCAGGUUGACCCGGAUCUGCUCGACGAAGACUCGCUGCGCAGUGCCAUCGAGGUCCGUCUGCGGGACUCCAGUAAUGCAGUCAGAGACAGUGCUGUGGCGCUGUUUGGCAGCUACCUGCUCCGCAAGCCGCAACACAUUCCCAAAUACUACAAGCAAAUCGCUGCGCGAGUGCUCGACACCGGUCUAUCGGUACGCAAACGCAUGGUCCGCCUCCUGAAGAGCCUGCACGAGGCGACGGACGACCAGAGGAUCCGCAUCGACACGUGCGCUCGCCUUGUCCGUUGUAUCAACGAUGAAGAUACGGUCGUCCAGGACAUGGCUGUUCUGACCAUCGGCGAAAUGUGGCUUGAGAUGGACAUUGAUGCUCGGCGUCUGUACACUCGGCGCAGAGGCAGCCCCUUGCGCUCCACGCCGUUGCCGUCGCAGCCUGCAGAUGCUGUCGAAGCGAAAGAGGGCGAAGCUGGGCAGCUGCAGAAGUCGGUCGGAGAGCAGGCUCCGGAAGGUGGCCAUGAAGGCCAUCUCAUGGAGGAGAGCGCGCCCGAAGAGACGGACGCGGAUAAGAAAGUGGCAGACACCAUCGAGAUCAUCAUGGCUGUUGCCGACGUUGUCAAGGAACGCCCUUCACCUUUGGAAGAGGUGUUCCGACGACUGUUUAAGGAUAAGUCCGAGAGCGAGGCGGCCGAGCUGCAUGCCAAAUUGCAGAAGCUGGGUGACUCCAUGAUCGACAGCCUGGUCGAGUCGAGCGGUGCGUCCAACAUUGACACAGUCAAGCGCAUCCGCAUCGUGCAGCUGCUGGUCUCCACCAACCCUGCUAUCCUCACCAUCUCGAAGGCCAAGUUGCUCCUGCCCUACCUGAAAGCAGCCCAAACGGGUGAGGAGGUGCAGAUCAUGGACCUGCUGUUGAGGAUCUUCCGUUCGUGCUUGCCUCACAUGCCAAAGACGGCGUUGGCGUUUGCCGAAUCUCUGGAAAAGAGUCUUCGCCCCCUGGUCAACCGACCGCCACCCAAAGCGGGUCUCCACCUGCUGCAAGAGCUCAUUGCGUGCUACUGCGCCGUCAUCACCACGCAUACGCACAACUUCAAGCUGCUGAUCCAGACGCUGAAAGCCUGUUUCAUGCGUGUUCAGGCGAUGCGGCAGAUGGCGCUCAAGGGUCAAAAGGUAGAUGACAACAAGGCAUGGAGCACCCUCAUGUCCUUGACCGCCUCGCUGUGCGAACAUGCCGACUACGACGAGAUCCGCAAGAAGUAUCCCGAAACGGCGGCCGAGAUCGAUGCGGUGAGCAAGCGUCCUCUCGUUGAUGUGGUGUCGGAGGCUCUACUCGAUAUCCACAAGACGGGAAACGAGGCGGUACGCUCUGUCGCCCUGCAGAAUCUCGGCUUUAUCUUCCGUGCUCACCCCACGCUCAUGACCCGACCUUCACUGACAGCAAUGAUGGACGACAUUUUCGCAUCCGGCUCGUUGCAGGACCGCGCGACGUUGCUCAAGAUCAUCCUCGAUUUCCUGAGCGCUGAUUCUCUCCGCCGCAACCCAGACAACGCUGUCGUCACAGCGGGCACCGGGCGUCGCAAGCCCGAGAAACCAGAUGCAGGCAGUGUCGACAUGACGAUCCUGGUCGGCAACACGGAAACGUUUGCAGACACGGGUGUCGGCUCGGCCAUGAUGCAGCGCUACUCGGAAGACGUGCUCAAGGCAACGCUUGAGGUCUCCAACCCCUCACUGCAGCGCACCGCCAUCGACAUUCUGCGUUUCACGGUGUUGCAGGGUCUUUCGCAUCCGAUCCAGUGCGUACCGUAUCUCGUGUCGCUCGAGACGCUUGAGGACCGCAAGCUUCGUAGUCGAGCCAUGGAGCUGCACAGCCACCUUGCGUCCAAGCAUGCCUCGCUCGUACAGGCUCGGUUCCUGGACACCGCACGCUCUGCCUUCCGCUUCCAACUGCAGCUGUCCAAGACGCAGGAGGCGCUGCGCGGGUUCCGUGUCGACAUCAUGCCGACCGCGGUGCUCGGUGCGUGGUACGGCUUAUUGCGAGACCGUCGCGCGAUACGACUCGACUUUCUGAAGCAGAUUGUCAAGGCGCUCGACGUCAACACGGCGGCGUCGGAUUGCAGCAUGGAAGAGGUCUUGUUUGCGCGAUUCAUGGCAGACAAUCUGGCGACGCUGGACUACAAGACGAUGGAAGAGCUGUUCGUCGUGAUUGGCGAACUGCGCUCGAUUUUGGCUGUUUCUGGCAUGCAGGUGCUGUAUAUGAUCCAGCCGCAUCUGCCCAGGCAGGAGUUUGAGGUCAGCUCGGCGCCAACGGAGGUGGUAGGGUGUGGCAUGAGGACCCCGCCGGCACCGCCUGGAGAUGCCUUCCUCGUCGCAGGAGGCGACCUGAUCAGCCCAUUCGCCAUGUCUCGCAACCCGUGGCUCUCGGGCGAAUGGCAGCUUCAACUGGCAUCCGAUGCACCUCCGCCGUUCGCCGACACUGUGGACCCAGCGCAGACUUUCAGCUGGCGACAACCAACGGAGAUCGCAGAUUCCGUCGCCGCAGCGCAGACCGGCAACGCCGACGACGAAGACAGCGCAGCAGCAGGACCCAAGGCGCACGUCGACCCGGUUACGAUUGCCAACAUGUCGGUCAUCUCGGGCACAGCACUUUUGCUACGCAAUCACCUCAAGCAUCUGUACGGUCUCAGCGAGGCACGAUGUGCCAAAUUCAACCCGAGCAAGAAACAGAGUGCGGGCGCGGACAAACCGGCGACGAUGCGGGCGCUGACGGAGCCAAUGCAGGCUGCGCUCGACUUGAGUAGCAUGCCGUCCGGGCUGCAGGAGGUGAAGAACGGAGAGGAUGCGCAGAGGCAGAUGGUGGCGUAUGCGGCGAUGGUGGAGAACGAGGGCACGAUGAUGGAGCCUGAGGAUCCGGAUGCUUUCGACGAUCUGGCGCUUUAA